AUCUUCUAUCAGCCUGAUACGGAUGCUAAAUACUUCUAUCAAGAGACGUCGGCACAUGCGAAGGACGUUGUUGUCAUUCCCACUUUCUGAAAAGAGAGAUUGUGUGUUGCUCACAUAAAACUAGUCAUCCACAAUGGUAAUGGCGGAGAAGCAUGACAUGAUUGUGGUCGGAGCCGGCUGGUUCGGCCUAGCUGCCGCCAAGACAUAUAUCGAGCUUCAUCCCGCCGAGGAUGUGGUUGUUCUAGAAGCCGAGAGCAGCUGUGGAGGCACAUGGUCUGAAAACAGGCUCUACGCUGGCCUCAAAUCCAACAACUUGCAUGGCUCCUACGAGUAUCCCGAUUUCCCUAUGAUACCCGAGAACUACGGUAUCACACACGACGACCACAUCCCCGGACGUGUUCUGCACAAGUACCUCACCGACUUCGCCAAGAAGUUUGGUGUCUUCUCGCGAACACGUUUUCUCACAAGAGUGAACUCGCUCGAGCCGACAUCCGAUGGCGGUUGGCAACUGGAGACCGAGUGUGGAGAGAAGCAGCAGAAGAUGUAUUCCGCAAAGGUCAUUAUAGCUACGGGACUGACUUCGCAACCCAACUUCCCCAUCUACCCGGGAGCCGAAAUGUUCAAUGCUCCCUAUUUCCACGCCAAAGACUUUUGUCGGCAAGGCGAGACCAUCAAGACAUCGAGAAAAGCCGUCGUCGUUGGGGGCGCCAAGUCUGCCUUUGACGUAGCAUAUGCCUAUGCCGAGCAAGGCGUAGAGGUUGACCUGGUCAUUCGACCCAGCGGCAACGGUCCCGUCUGGAUAUCCUAUCCGUAUGUCAUGGGGGGGAAGCGGCUGGAGCAGCUCCUUCAUAUCCGCUGGAUGCAAUGGUUUUCCCCAUGUCCAUGGGGUGGCGAAGGCGGUGCAUUGGGUACUCGGAUCCGCAACUUCUUACACGGCACCGCCAUCGGUCGUUUUCUCGUCGACAAGUUCUGGGGAGGUCUCGGCGGAGAAGUCAUCUCUGCAAAUGGAUACGACUCGAAUCCCCAACUCCAAAAAAUCAAGCCCUGGAAUCCUGCCUUCUGGAUCGGAAGCGGUCUGAGUAUUCACAAUUACGACAAAGACUUUUUCGACAUGGUCCGCACCGGCGCUGUGCGAGUUCACAACGCUGACAUUGAACGUCUCACCGACCACACCGUCCAUCUCACCGACGGCACCGACCUCGAAGCCGACGUGCUCGUAUGCUCGACAGGAUGGCGCAAAGAGCCUUCGAUCCGCUUCCUCAACUUUGGAACUGCAGGCAUCGGUCUCCAACACUCUCCUACAGAACAAUCCCGACUCGCAACACACUACGACGAGAAAAUCCUCUCUCUCUAUCCCAAACUCCGUUCCCAGCCUACUCUGAAUUUCAAACCCAAAAAUGACCCUUAUCGUCUCUAUCGCUUCAUGGUCCCUCCCGCCCGUCUUACUGAUCGCAAUAUUGCUUUCGCCGGCAUGGUCUCUUCCGUCUCGACUUCCAUUUGCGCAUCUGUCCAAGCGCUCUGGAUUUCCGCUUUCCUCGACGACCGUCUGGAUCGACUCGCUCGCUCCGAAGAAGAUAUUACCAAGGAAAUUAUGUUGCACACACAAUGGGGUAAAUGGAGAUAUCCUUGUGGUUAUGGUGCAAGUUUACCCGAUUUCGUCUUCGACGCGGUCCCGUAUAUGGAUUUAAUGAUGAGAGAUUUGGGACUCCAGGCCAAUCGGAAACAGGGCUGGAAGGAUGUGUGGCAACCGUAUGGUCCUGCGGAUUAUCGAGGUUGUGUGGAUGAGUGGGUGGAGAAGCAUGGUGGUGGGAAGAAGGUUUGA